AUGGGGACCUCCUCGACUCGGCUGCUGGGAGCCGCUCUGGAGCUGCGUGUGGGUCUCGGUCUCCGAGUCCAAGCACGAGCGCCAAACACUGCCCAGGCCCAGCAACAACGACGUCGACAGCAACAGCAACAGCAGCAGCAGAGGCAGCGCCAGCGUCAGCAGCAACAAGAGCAGCAGCAGCAGCAGCAGCAACCGCGACGGCGACGUACGCUGGAUGUGAUUUCAAAUAGUAAAGUCGAGUUGCCGCUGCCGCAUCGCCAUCGCAAUCGCAUCGCAAUCGUAAUCGCCGUCGCCGUCGUCGUUGUCGUCGUCGUCUCUCUUGUGAACUGCUUACCGAUAUUUUAG